CGGUUCCAAGAGAGAGAGAGAGCUUUUUUUCAAAAAUCAACAUUGCAAUAGAAGAGAGAUACAGAAAGAACCCUAAUCGAUUACAUACUCUGAUUCGUUCCACUUCUUUUUCCACUGAUUAGUCCCUAGGAAUGGCGAGUGAGAGUUCGCAAUCUUCACCGCCGUCGUCAUCUCAACCUCCGUCAACCGCACCUUCUCCGUCGCCGGGAAACAACGUCGGCGAUACGUUCGUAGGAAGUUUCAUCAGUCUAAUUUCUAAGUACGAGAUCCGUUACGAAGGCAUUCUCUACCAUCUCAAUGUUCAGGACUCGACGCUAGGUCUAAAGAACGUAAGAUCUUGUGGAACGGAGGGGAGGAAGAAAGAUGGGCCUCAAAUUCCACCAUGUGAUAGAGUUUACGAUUACAUUCUUUUUCGUGGAAGUGACAUUAAGGAUCUGCAAGUGAAUCCAUCUCCACCUGAACAGUCAAGACAGGAGAUUCAAAAUGAACAAGACAUCAAUCAGUCCCCUCAUUCUAGUUCAGCUAUGAACUCUCCACUUUCUGGCUAUGAUAGUGGUUAUGGUUUGGGGAGAGGAACACAAUGGGCCAAUACACCUGCUUUGAGUAGUACCUCGGUUCCUGCCACACAACAUUCAUCAGCCCCUUUAUACUUCCAGCCUCCUACAGCUAAUACUGGAAGUUUGACAGAAUCACCAGUGAGCUUAAUUGGUUCAACUCAAAGUAAAGCUCCUUCAUCUAUGCCCAUGCCUUCUUUUGUGCAAGGUAACAAAUUAGGUGCCACUGGUGUCCCUGUUGGUAUGAUGCAGCAGCCAAUUUCAUCUCCCUCGACGAUCCCCAAUAAUCCGCAGAUUAUAGAUUAUUUUGCUUCACCAAUCAUGGGCUUAGUGGAUGAUACAUCACAGGUUGUUACUCGUUCACACGACGAUGCUACUAAUCGACCAUACCCUUCUAACCCUUCUCCCCUUGGUCAAGCACAAUUCCAUACUCCACCUGGCCUUGCUUCAGCACCCUCUAACCUUUCUCCACCUUCUGAACCACAGCUUUCUGCUCCAAAUAUUCAUAACAGUUACCCCAGUGGACCCCAGGCUGUUGGUAAUGAUUUCCAUGACUCUCGGUCUGAUCAUCCUAACCGACCUUUACUUUAUGAUUUACCGGCUGUGGCUUCUUAUUCAGCUCCUGGGAUUCCUGGUCCAUUGUCGAACCUACCUGAGUCAUUUUACGGUAUGGAUCCAUCCAUGCAAUCUAGGCAGCCGAUAGUAAAUAGGGGUCAAGAGAUGUUUUCUGCAACUAAUCCAGUAUCAAUGAAUGUGCCAUCACAAAGUCUUGCCACCAGAAAUCAUGCACCAUUACUGCCUCUUCCAUUGUCAGCUCAGUCUCGGAUCCCUAGUUCUAGCAUUGAGUUUACUGAAGAAUUUGAUUUUGAGGCAAUGAAUGAGAAGUUCAAGAAGAGUGAACUAUGGGGUUUUCUCGGGCAAAAUAACCAGAGGAAUCAAAAUGCUAACGGAGAAGAAAUUGCAAUUAAGCCAAACGCAGAAGGGAAUGCAAAGCCUGCAUAUAACAAGGAUGACUUUUUCGACACAGUCUCAUGCAAUCAACUUGACCGUGUGGCAAGAAGCGGACAACAACACACACAGUUUCCCGAGCACCUGAGACAAGUUCCUGGGGCAUUUGGUGAUAAUUUUCAAAGGCCACCUCAACUACAACCAGGUCAGGGUGCCUAUCUCGCUGCACAAUCCAAUAACAGAGGCGGAUACUACAAUAACAACAACAACAACUACUACUACCCAAACCAGGGUUCUGGCUACUACUCUGGUGGAAGAGGCCGAGGCAGAAACACACAUUUUUGAUCUGCUGAGUUUCUCUUUCUCAGAAAGCUUUACUGGUUGGUCACUCGUACACCCGCACUUCUUCUCUUACAGCUGUUUUAUAAAUUCUGUUUUAAGGUUACCAUAUCUCAAGAUUUGUAGGCACAUCAUAUUGGCAAGUUCAUGAUCCUUUUUUCUGUCUAAUGAGCUUUAGCCUCAUGAGAGAAUAUUUUUGUUCUCCAUGUAGAGAAAACUAAAUGUACGAACCUAUUUGGUAUAUGCAAAAUUCUAGAGAGAUAUAAAUACAUCAUAUGCUUUAAUAA